AUGAAGUGCAUUGAACCCUACGUUCACAGGACGGCCUUAGGGCGGGAAUGCUUUGGUUGGGAACGCAAGCUGAAGUUCCGGAUCUUUCAAAGGGCUUCUUCGAGGGGAUCGUCCGCCCCUACGAUCGGCUCGUCUCCCCUCAUCAACGAAACAGAACUAUUACGAGUCUUCCCCGACAGAAAGCUUCGGAUUUUCAUAGCGUCAUGGAACAUGAACAGUUCGAUGGGUCCAAAGAAUCUGAGCGAACUCUUGAUGACCUCAAGCGGGGAAAAAGUCGACAUGUAUCUCAUCGGGACGCAAGAGGGAGCAAACGACAAGAGAGAGUGGGAAGUACGACUGCAGCAGGCGCUAAUGCCUUCACAUGUCCUGUUCCAUUCUUGCCAUCUGGGAGUGCUACAUUUGUGUGUUUUUGUUCAACGGGAUCUCAUUUGGUACUGCGGCAUUCCGCAAGAUACUCUGCAAUCAACUCGUGCUGGCUCGGCGCUCAAAACAAAAGGAGCCGUAUGCACCGCGUUCAGUUUCUUCGGGACAUCGAUGCUUUUCGUGAAUUCGCACCUGACAGCUCACGAAAACAAGCAGCACAACAGAAUCGCUGAUUACGAAAAGAUUAUGCGCACCUUGUUCCCAUCAACGGUAUCGCUUUCGAAAGUGUCUCCGUCCGGUCCCCCAAAGUUUGACGCAAUCUUCUGGUUUGGAGACCUCAACUUUCGAUUGGAUACGAAUUCGGAAACUGUUCUCAAAGUAUUAGCGGAUCGAGACUACAAAUCACUCUUCAAGUUCGAUCAGCUUAGGCACGUUAUUACGAGUGGAGACGCUUUCUCCGGAUUUCACGAAGCCGACAUAAACUUUGCGCCAACUUUCAAAUACGAGGUCAACUCCAACAUGUACGACAAAAACACGAUCCGCGUUCCUUCUUACACCGAUCGAAUUCUCUAUCGGAGCUCCGAGGGUCAGCCCCUGACAGUCCAUUUGUACGACAGUAUCGAAUGCUUCUCGACGUCUGACCAUAAGCCUGUCGUGGGUCUCUUCGAGAUCGGUCUAAGGGCGUCCAACGAUCCCAGUAGACUCGCCGCAGGAUCUUUCCGCAGAGAAGUUUUCAUCGAAGCUCUGAAACGCUCAUCGAUCCGUAAGAACUUCAGCACCGACGCCGGGAAACCUAGUACUGUUUGCGCCGUGCAGUGA